AUGUUCGGGCCUCGUCAAAUUUUACAAUCCCGACUACGCUAUGCCGCGACCAAAUGUCAACUGAUAUCCCGGCCAAUCGUUCGCGGUUCGAGACAUGCCAGUACCAACACCAAUCCCACCACCCACGGGGUCACUCCCGAACCGUCGCGAUGGCCACGACGGCUUAUCUAUGCAGGGAUUUUCGGUGGCCUAGGUCUCGCUGCUGGCAAGUGGAUGGAUAACAAGCUUGCCGUGCCACCAUUCCCGGGAACGGGGGAGGAUGAGCGUAAGAUGGAGGAAAUCCGUCGCACAUUCGAGCACGGUCUGCCUAUUGUGAAGCAAUUGCGGGAGGAUCCGGACUACAGGGAGGCGGAUGUUUAUGGGAACUAUCUGGAGGAAGAACUGAGGCAAAGAAUUACAUCCGGCCCAUUGCGUGGAAGCCGAGGACUGGCAAUGCAGAAAGUCUUUUGGAACGAUAAGGAGAAAAAAGCUGUCAAUGUGGUGUUUCUAGGGUCGGGCACUGAGGGAUGGCCAACCAUUGUUCAUGGCGGUCUCCUGGGCACCAUCCUCGACGAGCAUCUGGCCCGAGUCGCAAUCCAAAACUUGCCCGAACGCACGGGGGUCACUGCGAACCUUGAUAUCAAUUAUCGGGGCCUGGUUUACUCGGGCAACUUUUACACAAUCUACGCGACCCUAGAUCAAGAACGAAGCACCGAUCGCAAAGCCUACGUCACAGGGGAGAUACGCGACCCCCUCGGGAAAUUGUGUGUCCAAGCCUCUGGACUCUUUGUGGUGCCUCGAGGGUAUAAAUUGCGCAAGAUUGGAGACACUUACUGA